GCUUGUGACGGUGGUGGUGAGGGGAGGGGCGAGCCGGAGCACCACCGAGGAAGACAAGACCUCAUCUAACGGGGAGUUUAAUUUAAAACCAACCGGGUUUACAUGUGACAGCGUUUUGUGAGCACCUUGAAUUUACCUGAGGAAAGGUCAGUCACAAAACCGCAACUGUACAAUCUGAUAAGGACCAAACAAGACAGUGGCUGCUUCCCCGAAUACCUGUAACCUGGACAGGUAUCAUUGGCUGAUGUUAAGGAUGCUUUGGUUCCAAAAUCAGACUUGGAGGUAACCCCACAUCAUCUGUACUGUUGCCGCUUGUGCAUCCUGCAGUGGAGAUGGUCCACUGGAUCACACAGUGGGGGACAUGUGUCUGGCUUCAGACUCUGCUGGCCUUUUCCUUGGGCAACUGCCCCUCGAUGGCCCCGAGUUCUGUCAACUACUCUGUGCUUUACACCAUGCCCUUCUUCCAGGCACAGGGCCCCAUCCAGAACAUUGUGAACAACUCACUCUAUCAGGAGGUGUAUGUAGCUUCUCAGAAUGUGAUUGAGGCUGUGAGCAGAAGCUUGGAGAAGGUGUGGGAACUCCGCACUGGGCCGGUGGGAAGCCCAUUGUGCCAAAUUUGUGACUUGUGUGACAUUGACAAGGAUCCCAAUUUUUUGGAUGACACAAACAACCAGGUCUUGUUGUUGGACACUUUGUUUAUGUAUUUAUACUCAUGUGGAAGUUCUCAGUAUGGUGUAUGCUAUUUCCACCAAUUAAACUCAAAUGGAGAGCCACCUUCUCUUUCCAAGUGUUUGUUCAGACGGGAUUCAAACUCUGCUGCCUACUGUCCUGACUGUGUGGCCAGCCCUCUUGGAACCAAAGUCACCAUGGUUGAAGAGGGUCAAACCGUCUACUUUUUUGUUGCCAACACAGUCAAUGACAGUGUGACCCAGCGUUAUGGUAGGAAGUCGAUAUCGGUUCGCCGACCUCUGGCCACUGAAGAUGGCUUCUACAGCGAUGUACGUGGCCUAACUGUCCUUCCCGGCCUGCGGAGGACUUACUUUAUUGAAUAUAUAUACAGCUUUUUCACUCAGGAAUUUGUCUAUUUUCUCUCAGUCCAGAGAGAGAGCCCCGAUCAGGACUCAUCUCCAUUUCAGACUCGUUUGGGACGUCUCCCACGGAAUGAAUGGGAGAUGAAGCGCUAUCGUGAGGUGAUCCUGGAGUGUCGGUUUGAACCAAAACGCCGUAGGAGGAACGUAGCCAGUGAACCCUACAAAGAUGUUGUGUACAAUGUUGUCCAGGCAGCUCACUUUGGCAAGGCAGGCAGGGAACUGGCAGAGGAGUUAGGGGCGGAGGAGGAGGAUGACAUCCUCUAUGGGGUUUUUGCUGUUACUGAAGAUGACGGGGUCACGGAGCAUGACUCGGCCCUGUGUGCCUUCCCCAUGGACAAUGUGAACAAAGCCAUCACUGAUGGGGUGGAUGGUUGUUGUGAGUCUGGACCAGAGCAGCUCUCCAGGGGACUCUGCCAUUUCCAGCCCUGUGAGAGCUGUCCACAUGAGAGCAUGGAGAACAACGCCACAUGCAGAGACCAUCCUACCAUGGUGUCAAAGCCCUAUUACAGAGUGGACCUCUUCAACAGACAGAUGACAGAUGUCCUGCUGACCUCUCUGCUGGUAACAACCAUCGAGAACAAGACCGUCGCUCAUAUUGGCACCUCUACUGGACGCUUGUUACAGCUUGUAUUGACAAGAUCCAGCCCCAUUAUCUUUGCCAAUUACUCUUUGGUAGAGAACCAGAGGGUCUCGUCCAUUGCUGCUGUAUAUUCAUCAGAGUAUCUUCUUUUCGUGGUUGGAGACAAGAUGAUUCGGGUGCCCCAAAGAGGGCCGGGCUGUCAACACUUCCUGACUUGUGCCAUGUGUCUCACAGCCCCUAAAUUCAUGGGGUGUGGCUGGUGCUCUGGAGUGUGCUCCUGGGAGAGUGAGUGUCACAGUUACUGGAGGAAUGAGUCUUGCCCACCUGGGAUCAUUGGGUUCUUUCCACGGACCGCUCCUCCUGAUGGUCAAACGGCGCUAACAGUGUGUGGGUGGGAGUUCCAGUCACCUCAAAGACCUGCCAUCACCUCCAGAACCCACCAGGUCCGACUGGGACACACUGCCUGCACUGUACUUCCAGCCAAAAGCAACAACACACACCUGGUAUGUAAGAUUCGCUCUGGGGCCACUGAGCUGUCCAAACCUGUCAACAUCACAGUGGAAGUGCAUGAGGGCAAGUUGGAGGGACGCUACUGUAUUGACGGGAAGGCAGAAAUGCCAGGGUUCACAUUUGUGAUUCCCAACAUCACAAAGAUCAAGCCCAACUAUGGGCCUCGUGUUGGGGGCACCCUCAUCACAGUGACUGGGCCUCACCUGAAUGCUGGGACGACAAGGAAGGUCACUCUCAAUGAUGUGGCCUGUCCCAUAGUGAGGGUAACAGAACCCAAAGGCAACGUGUCCUCCAUCAUCUGUGUGUCGCAGCCCAUCUCAGAGGUGAGGGAUGUCCCUCUGAGUGUUUUCAUCGACAAGUCUCCUGUCCUCACUACAAAAGUUUUUUACUACAAGGAAAAUCCAAAGAUUACAUCUGUCCAGCCUGACUGUAGCUUUGACAGGGGGUCAAAGAUUGUGAUUGAAGGGGAGAACCUGGACUCUGUUUACCGCACCAUCAUCCGCUUCAAACCCAAUGAGAGCCACCUGAAACCUGUGACAAGGGAGUGCAUAGGCAAGUCCAUGCCCAAAAGGAUGGAGUGUAUCACUCCUGUAUUCCCGAGGGAUGAGACAGAGGAAGGAGAGCUCUCUUUCAACAUGGACGGAGCACUGGAACUGUGGAACAAAGAGUUCUCCUACCACCCCUAUGGCGAGCCCAUACCUUUUGAAACUGACGGACGUGUGCUGAGUUUGUACCCUGGCUUUGAUGAAGUGUCACUCCAUCACCAGAAGCUGAACCUGGUGAGCUCCUGCAUGACCAUCAUCAUGACUGUCGCAGGCGUCGACUGUGAUGCUAAAGUCCUGGAUAAUGAGAUCACCUGCAGGAUCCCAAAAAACAUGACUAUCCCCAGUGAAGGACUUCAAGUGAAAAUCGCCAUCAAUGGGCAGGUCCACCAUGUUGGCACAGUGGUGAGAGUCAGCAACCACUACAUGGUGGGGAUUUUUCUGGGGAUCCUGGCAGCUCUGGUGGCUGGGGCGGUGCUGGCCUUUGUUGUCAUGAAACACUUGAGGAAGAAGAAGAAAGCCUCCAUGGUGGAGACCUAUAUGGCUCAAAGUGUUAACUCUGGGACAAAUAAUGUGGAGCUGUCGCCUAUGGGGGACUACAGAAGAGUAGUAUCCCUGAGUCCUUCCACACUCCUAGUAGGGCCUGUGGUGUUCCCCAGCCUGACCUAUGCUGCAAGUGGCAUAGACCCUACCCUCACCCCCCUCAUGCCGCCAGAAAAAAUUUCCAUCUCCAGUUUUAGGCCAGAGCUGCUAGAGGAGGUUGCUGAUAUGCUUAUUGUGCAGCACCAUCAGAUCAUAGGGAAGGGUCAUUUUGGCACUGUCUAUCAUGGCUACUUCACAGACCACAACAACAGAGAAACACACUGUGCUGUCAAGUCUUUGAAUAGAAUAACAGAUGUCGAGGAGGUGGAGCAGUUUCUGAAGGAAGGCAUCAUCAUGAAAGGUUUCCACCACAGCAAUGUGCUGUCUCUGCUGGGCAUUCUCCUGCCGCAGGAAGGGCUUCCCCUAGUGGUUCUGCCAUACAUGAAGCAUGGCGACUUACGACACUUUAUACGCUGCGAGAAGAGGAACCCCACUGUAAAGGACCUGAUUGGCUUCGGCCUACAGGUUACCAAGGGGAUGGAGUAUUUGGCUCAGAAGAAGUUUGUGCACAGAGAUCUUGCAGCACGUAACUGCAUGCUAGACGAGUCGUACACAGUGAAGGUGGCAGACUUUGGCAUGGCCAGAGAUGUUUUUGAUAAGGAGUAUUACAGUGUCCAGGACCACAGGAAGGCUAAGCUGCCUGUCAAGUGGAUGGCCAUUGAGAGUCUGCAGACUCAGAAAUUUACCUCCAAGUCAGAUGUGUGGUCCUUUGGUGUUCUGAUGUGGGAGAUGCUGACCAGAGGAGCGAGCCCUUACCCAGAGGUGGACCCUUACGACAUAACACAUUACUUACUGAAGGGCAGGAGGCUACCCCAGCCACAGUACUGCCCUGACCCCUUGUAUAGCAUUAUGCUUCAGUGCUGGGACCCUGAUCCGGAGUUGAGACCCAGCUUUGCUACGUUGGUGUCAGCUGUCUCUACCAUUCUGUCAGGCCUGGAGGGAGAACACUACAUCAGUCUGAAUGUCACCUAUGUCAACCUGGACCAGCCGCGGCCCUACCCUGCUCUCACGGAGUCUGCUGAUGAAUACGACUCCACAGAUGGUGAAGGCUCAGGCUCUUCUUGAGAAGAGAACUGUCUCUUAUUUCAACUUUAAACUGGUAUUGGUGCUAACAGCAAGAGCACACACACAAAAACUGCCAAGUCACACCGGGUGUCUUUUAUUGUACCACUAAAAAUGUGAAACAGAAAAAUAGUUUUUAUGCAUAAAAGUGGUUGCAAGAUGCUUUCAGCUGAAUUAGCACAAACCUGGGCAGCCAUAUUGGAGGUCCUUUUGGCAACGGUUUGCUUAAAAUAGCAUUUGACCAUCAAAACUAAAAGUAUUGAAUAGACAUUUGGUAUUUGUUUUAUUUUUUACUGGUAACAGAUAGUAUCAUGCCAAAUCUAAUUCGUUUUAUAGUACCACGUUGUUUGCGACCCAAAACAAGAAAGAAAGAAAGAAAACUUAUUGUUAACACUUCUUUUCUGUCCAUUCAAAGCUAAAUGGCAUUAUACUGGGUAAUCAGCUUGCAGUUCCCCAUCUAAUUAACAAUGGUACAACCAAAUAUUAUUGUGCAAAUAAGGGCACAGAUAGUUAGAUAACCAAAUGUUACAUAUUGCUGAACUGACCUGUCCUCACACUACAGAAAUCAUUUUGAGAUAGUGUUUUUUGUGCCCUGGUGUCAUUGAUAUAGUCAUUAUAAAUGUAGUCAGUAUUUCCAUGUCCACAUCUAACAGUGUUUGCUUCAGUAUUGAGGAGAGGAGUCACAAACAGCACAGCUUUGAGGCCUGUAAAAUCAGUGUGGCAAAAAACUGGGCCUUGGCAUAGUUUCACUGUUUGCAACAUAGUCCAUAGUUACAGUAGCAUAGCCCACAAUUUUAAUGAAUUCUUUUGUAGUCUAGUGAUAUUUAGAUGAAUCUGGGUUGUAACCAGAAGUUAGGGUGACCAGGCCACCUGUCUUGCAGUGGUACCUCACUUGAGUAAUGUUAUGCAUACAUUAGCAUACACAUACUACAGGCAUAUAUUAUAAAUUUGAAAGUAUACUAAAACAUUAUGGGGACAAAAUGGGGCUAUGGCAAUGGUAGGUUCUUAUUGAAGCACUAAAAUCUGUCAUUAGAUGACAUUUCACAUGAAUUUGCUAGAUAGUAGUUGAUAAAAAAAAAACUAAUUUAAUGUUAGCUUUAUUAAAAAAAAGAAAAAGUGAUCUACCAUCUUUUUCUCCCAAAGCAUUUCUCAUGAUGACUGAUCAAAUUACAUUAGUAAUCGACCUUUAUCUGUUCAGGAGAACCACUGACAGAUGUCAUGAGUUUAACCAUUCAAACCUUC